AAUAUUUAAAGAAAAAAAAAGCAGUCAACUGACAUCGCAAUAUCAUAUCCAAUAAAGGCGAUUGUUUUUUUCAUUGGUGACAAUCUUCCUGGUUUUUAUAUACAUUGAAUAUGAUUAAAUUAUUCUCAUUACGAAAUCAAGAGAAAGAAGGCAAUGAUAGUAAAUCCGGGAGAGUUAAUCAGAAGAAAGUAUCAGCAGCCGUUCUAAGAGUCCAGAAGGAUUUAAACGAUCUAAAUCUUCCUAAAACGUGUAAAGUUGAUUUUCCGGACCCAGACGAUCUCCUAAACUUUAAAUUGACAUUAAUACCCGACGAAGGCUUCUAUCGUGGAGGAAAGUUUGUAUUCUCUUUCAAAAUUCCACCAGGAUAUCCUCAUGAAGCACCCAAAGUAAAAUGUGAAACCAUGGUAUACCAUCCAAACAUUGAUUUGCAAGGCAAUAUAUGCUUAAAUAUUCUCAGGGAGGAUUGGAAGCCUGUUCUUAACCUUCACUCUGUUAUUGUUGGGAUACAGUUCUUAUUUCUGGAACCUAACCCUCAUGACCCCUUAAACGAAAAUGCUGCCGAAAUGCUAAAAACAAACCAGCGGAUGUUUGAACAGAACAUCUUCAAGUCAAUGAGAGGUGGUUAUAUCGGAAGUACAUACUUCGAACGCUGUCUCCUUAAAUAG